GGGAAAGACAUGCUGAGCUGUGCUAUGCCAAAUGUUUAUUUAUGGGGGCAUUACUCACAUUUAUUCAGGUAUAGAUUAUUGUAAAAAGGGUUGACUCUAGUUCACUGUCAGUAAAUAUUUAACAAUUGUUCACCCUAUGGGAGCUGCAAACCGGGCACAUAUAUGUCCACCACUAGCCAGCAACACUGACGUGAAUAGUUGUUUUUGUUCAUACUAAAACGGUGAGAUAACAGAAGGAAAAGGUUGAUUUUAGCUCAUUUAUUCCUACAAUGAUUGAAAUACUUUCAGGUGCAAAUCCCACCUGCAAAUUGGCCCAUAGAGCCAAGUUGGCUAUAAUCAUGUCAUAUUCAACAACUGCAAUUGGAAUAAUUGUUUUCUUAAAAAUGCCCAAUAAUAUAGAUGAAUUUUCCUAUCUGUAUAUAUAUGAUCGACUCUUAUAAAUUUCUCAUCACGAUGAAAAUCUGGUCAGCUUCAUUUGCAGAACUCUAAAAAUCAGAAGUGCUGAUGAAACUUACAAGUAAGUUUUGGAGUGAAUUUUGGAACAUUACAAUGUACUGAUCCAUUGAAGAUAAUUUUUUUUCACAGCAAUUAUUAUUGCAGACCCAUAUAAUUGUAUAAUUUCUGUUGUUGAUUUGUAUAUUGUGGUAUUUCUCUCAACUCAGGACUUGCCUGGACAUGGUCGCCCAUCAGCCAUCAUCUCUUCAGCAUUCACUACAAAGAAAGGACUUUGAAGGAGGAGUUCAUCUUGGCAUUGGAGGAUUAAAUUCGGUGAGUCUACAGAAACUUAGGUGAACUUCAUUUGGUCAGCCCAUUAAAAAUUAUCACGAUUAUCUUACUGGUAUGUUGUGUCCAUUCUAAAGCUAUGAGUAUUUGGAAGUGCUUGUGUUUGCCAUCAAUACUAGACCAUGGAUUAGGACAAUUGUGUCUUGUAAUGCCUCUAUCCAUGCACCCAUGAUUGGUAGGGACAAAAUGUUGGAGCAGUUCAGAAAGUAUUAUGCUGGAAGUGGAAGAGAGAUAGACCACUUUCCAUUUCAGGAAGAGCAGCAAUUUUCCUUGUCACUCUAUGUGGAAGAAGCUGGGAUGAGUUAAUUUUCCUCAAAAGUAAAUUAUCUUAUUUAGACUGCCAAUGUAACAUUUUGCUCACAGAAUGUUAACAUGUUGACAUUUUGAUUGUCUUCUUUUAGAUGUUGUCCCUGCUUCCUGCAAAGAUAAUCAAGUUGUUAGAGUGGGUUGGUUUUCCAGGAGACAAGGUAACACUGUUGUUCCUCAGACUGAGUCAAAAUCCAAAUCCUUAGACAUGGCAGAGAUUCUUUCAAAGAGCCAAUUUGAGUUGUGUGGAAACUAAAAUAAGUGCUUUUGCUUAACUUCAAUGUGAAGUUUUAAUGGCUUACUUAUUGAAUUCAUAUAGGAUUUAAAAUGUGAUUAUCACUUUUGAUAACUUUUUUAUUCGUUUCAGUUAAUAUAUAAAACUCAAUCAAAAUGCCAUAAGGUUUAGACAAGUAAUUUCAUUUUGAAAUUUCAUGUCAACUCCCCAGAGGUGAUUUACAUGAAAUAUGAUCCUCACAAUUAAGUCAAUAUAUAAUUCUAUGACCAGAUGUUUGGAGUGCACAAACUUAACCCUUUACCCCCAAACAUCAGUGUGCAUAUUCACCAUACUGUUUUCUAUACAUUUCCUAAGGUGCUGACAAAGAGAAUUUGUUUAUCAAUCAAGAGAAUAUUUAGUUGGUGAUCAUUUGCUUUAUUCUCCAGUGUUCUCCACAGAUUUUGAAGUAGUCAGCUAGAAUUGUAAAGUAGCCAGCGCUUCCAAAUCAAGCGCAAAUUCAAGCUAUGCUUGAAAUUGUCUUGCCAAAAAAAGGAAAUAAUUUUCUGCGGUUUUGUCUAACAAAAGUAGCCAGUGAUUGAGAUGCGAGUAGCCAGCUAAAACGCUAGCUGCCUGUGCUUCUGGAGAACACUGAUUCUCAUGACCUUACUGUGUGAUGCAGGGGUUAUACUGCUGGGAGAAAUUAGAUGCUAGUCACUCUCAGGGGUUAAAUGGUUAAUCCAGCUCUUAGUGAAGGGCAAUACUUGGAUGUAUAACUUAAUUCUCUUAACUUAUCUACUUGAAGAUGUGUAGUAAUAAGAAAGGAGAAUUGAUUAUCAGAUGUUGAAAAAACCCAACGAUGAGAUGUGACUUUUAACUCCCAUUUUAUGAACAGUUUUAGGUCUGGAUCAUUUCGACCAAGGAUGCUGAGAGACCAGAACUUAAGAUCGCCCAUGUGUGCCAUGGUUCUGCUCGCCUAUCACAGUGUAAUAACUAUCACCUUGGUAGUGUAAUUUACAGCUUUAAUUACCUUGGUAAGUGGUCAGAUUUACAGCUUUAAUUACCUUGGUAAGUGGUCAGAUUUAUUACUUAUUGUGGUCAGAUUUAUCAAAGGAAUUGUCUUAAAAUGUUUACUGUAUAAUAGUUACUACGUUUGUGCUGCUUUGUGGUCAGAUCUAUCAAUUUAAUUGUCCUGAUAUGUUAAGUGUGUGACUACAUUUGUGCUGCUUUGUGGUCAGAUUUAUCAAAAGAAUUGUCUUUAGAUUUUUACUGUAUGACUACAUUUGUGCUGCUGUAAAAGCUGCGAAAUUAAGCAAACGACAGUUUGAAACCUGAAAAAGGCACUUGGUGUUUGCAGCGUUAGGUACAUCGACUUGACUACUAUUCUGCCUGCAGAAGAUUAUGUUGUGAGCAAAUAAUCUCUCAACUUUAGCUGAUUUCUAAGCACUCUAAGGUCUCCUUUUACGAACUUUAACAAGUGCUCAUAGUUGUAGCACACAGAAAAUCUCACUGUUCCAGGCCUGCGUUUAUAUCUCUUGAAGUGCCACUCUAAGCACUAAGAAGCGGUCAAGUAAACAUUUUAAAAGAUGAAAUUCUCGUUAAAAUGUAAAAUUCUUCAGUCCACUUUAAUAACUUUCGAUGCUAAUUAGUUACAUUAACUAAUUUUGGUUCCAACUUAUAGAGCGUGCGAAACAGGUCGUAUGACAAAGAGGAGAGUUUGCACAAUCACGUCUCGCAAUACAUCAAGCAGGGUUUGUCCAGUUGAUUUUGAUGGUCGCAGGGAAAUGUCGAGUUUGUCGCUCAAAACCGUUGUGGUCCAUUAGAAUGUAACAUCAUUGAUGACGGAAACAAAUUUGCAGAAAGGAGGGUUAGUUCAUCGGGUUCCGUCUACUAAAUCUCGGGAAAAACCUGCAAGAAUUGUUUCAGAGUGUAUGCGUGUUGUUUUGUAAAUAUAAACACUGUAACCUAUUUUAACUUGUUUUUGCGUCCUUUUCAGCAACGCGAUAUGUCUGUUAUGACCAGAGUGCCAAAGUUUAUUCUUUAAGUUUGAUCUUCUCCACACUGUGCGUAGUUCAUGACCUGAUAUUUCAACGUAAAUUAUCGGGAAGGCGCCUUCCCAUCGCCUUUGUCCACUUUGUAAGUCACGCAAGCGCGCAAGCGUUACAACCGAUCACGUUUACGCAACGUUUUAGGACAACUCUGCAUCUAUUCUCCAUUCAGUUGCUGUGAAAACCUAAAAUCCUCAACGUAGAAGAUAAACGAGCGAAGUUUGAACGGUCAAAAGGAGAUCUUGGUCAAUUUUAAGAAUCAUGCAAAUGAUCUUUGACACAAGCGCAGUUGAACUAACUGAAUACAUUUGCUUUGUUUUAAGAACUUGUAAGCGAGAUAGUAUUUGACAAUCAGUGAGCUCAUUGGUGUAUAAACUAUGCACUGAUAUGCUUUUCAGCCUGCGCCUGAACAAAAUCUUUUUGAAAUUACACCACAGGGGUGGUCUGGCCAAAAAACUCAUUUUGACUUGUGAUAGACACAAAAAUUGAGAAUUGGAGAACAAAAUCAACUAUUUUUGAAACAUGUGUCCUAAAAAUCUUUUCAUGGGCAAAAAAAGAAAAACAAAACUUUUUUUUGAAACAUGUGUCCGACGGGCAAAAAUAAAAGAAAACGAGAGAACCGCUCUUAGCGAGAGUGGCACUUAAGUAAGUUCAUAACAUAUUUGAGAAUGAAGACAUUGCAACAGCUUGCUACUUGACUGUAGUAAUAAUACGUUUAUUGUUAUCGUGCAGCGUACGUUAACAUUUAUCAAAGUAAACUACGAUAAUAUGAAGACUUCAUAAAUUCCCAUUCAUUUUUCCUAAACUCACAAAUUACAAACAAACGCAAUUUCGUCGGAAUCCCUUUUCCUACUCUGCUCGAGUGGUUAUGAAUUUGUAAAUUUGCAUAUUACUCAGACAUGCAAUUUUGUUCAGACAUGCAAAUGAAAAUCUGUUGAGUUCAUCUAAUCAAAGAAUAAUAUUUAUUGAAAUUGUAGUACAAACAGUAUUAUUUUUUGUGCAAAAAUGUUGAACACGAGCGCUUUCUCAACACCCUGUAAAAUUGAUGUGCACAAGUUGCGUACUAAAUUGUCCUAAAUGCCAGUAGAAAAACUAGGUUUCUGCUCUGAAGCACAGAGCGUGGAAGUACAAACAAUUCACUGAAGUCAGUCAGAUGCCUACCUACUUUUAAACAUACCUCCACCUAUAGCAAUCAAUCCUAAAAACUAUAAUAAUGUUUUCAUUAUCAGUUUAUCUUUUGCUGCCUAUUGUAUGUUGAAUAAGUUCUAGUUUGCGCUUUCCUCACUGUCGUCCGUACUGUCUUCCUCGCUGUCUUCCUCUUUGACUUCUUCGCUAUUUUCAUCAUCUUUAUUACCUUGAAAAUAGUUUCAAUUUUCGUGCAUCUUUCUCGUUCUUUAAGUUCAUUACUUCUUUGAAAUAUUCAUCUGGAAUGUUGAAGGGCUGGAUCAACUCCUUCAAGCGGGCAGUGUGUGGUCGGUCUUUACCUUCUAAAAUUUCUCGCACAAUGCAGGCGACACUGACUUUGCUAUUGAACUGAUGCUGUUCCAUCGGCGUAGCCUUUAAAUGUGGUGGUUAUCUCAAUCAUCUCCGUCCAGUUGUUGCGGAAAAUAAGCAUCAUACUUUGCAUACUACCUUCAUCAUUGAUGUUUAAGUUUUCCAAUGUAUCUUGUAUUCGAAAAUGUGGGUAGAGUUGAUCAUAUUUCCACCAGUAGUGUCUCGCUGUCCGCCGGUCAUUUGCGAGACUGAAAAGCGGGUGUAUCAACACCUCAAAUUGCAGCUUGGCCUGGUUCCUAGUAUUCGAUCUGGGCCCGAUUUGCGGCCACCAAGCUCUAUUAAUACCUGCCGCUUUCAGCAUGCACAUACGUACGAUUGCUGAUGCCGUUCGACCAAAACUCUCGCAGGCCAUGUUGGGUGCAUUUUGACCACCAAACCUCAACCUGUGAUCUUCUUGUUCAUCGUUACUUUCUAUAUCUUUAAUAUAGGCUGUUUGACAGUGUGUCACGUGCAAUCGAUUUUGGUCUCUUAACUCCUCGAGGGCGAGAAGGACUGCAUUAAACGCUGGGUCCGUUUGAACGAAGAUAGUUUCUCCUUCCAUCAUCUUUUUCUCGCGAUAAGGGCGUGAUGCGAAUAGGUAAGUGGGUGUUGGUGCGGGGUUUUUACAGGGUUUCUGUCAUAAAUGCUUUUAUCUGAUUGGCUAAGCUACACAUCAUAUUGUCCAUGGUAGAUAGUGAGUAGUAUGAGUCGCAUGUGCGAUCGCAGGCGGUGUACGCACUCCGAUUGUGUUGCAUUAUGGUAGCGUUAUUUUCAAUAUGGCUGUGAAAGCGGCAGAAAUCGGCAGAUUUUGUCUGAACGUUCCGUAAAAACUGGACCGUUCCUUUUUUUCUUUCACCAUAGGUGAAUGAAAUUUGAUUGAUUCUGAAUUUGCAGAAGUAUUUUUGGUAUGCAUUUGUCACAUAUUCAAUGCUUCUCAAGUACAAAUGCAAUCGAUGUUUUUUAGUAUGUAACUCAAGACUGGCUUUUAAGAAGGUCAAAUUUGAUGUACGUCGUAGUUUGAAGCCCUUCAAAGAUUUGAAUGGCCACUUCCAUCUUUCUUUAACAGCUCUGACUAAACGCUCUCCAACGUGUUUUAUGAAUUUCAAGUGAUAUUGUUGGAGACCGGUUAUGACCGUUAACACAGCAUUACUAUUGUAAGGACAUUUCCUAUAUAUACUAAAUCAUGUUGUAAAUCUACUUUCCUAAGUAAAAGCAAAUUAACCACUGGCAAGUGUUGUAUGGUAAAUCUUUUAUCAUGAUCAUUGAAUGAAGGACAGUUGAAUUGGCACAGUGAAAGGAAUCCCUUGACCAAUAAAUAACUCUACGGUGUGCAAGGCAACAUGCCGGGUAAGCUGGAAAACAAAAGGUAGUCGACUGUUUGAAGGUGUUGAUAGGCUUGUGUGACUCCUGCCAAAGUCAUCGUAGGUAUCUCGUUAGGUGUUGAGCGAAUUCGUCACGGGGGAAUUACAGGAGUCGCGCAGGCCCGGAAACAACUUUUUACUUUCGAAGGAACGGUAACAGACAGUGAAUCCUCAUUACAUUCCACUUAUAUUCACGCUACCUUGUUGCCACCAAAGAUGUUCACUCAACCGCGACAGGAUGCAAAUGACUUACUUUUUGUAUUGCGACCAUGAUGCAACGUAAUCAGAGUGCGCACACCACCUACUGCGAUCGUAAACAAUGAAUGAGUUGCCAGUAAUCGGAUCCUUGCGUUUACGCAGAGAUUUCUGUGAUCGCCACCGGGCAAACAUUGCAAGUUGCAAGGAGGAAAGGUAUAUAUACAUACUGAGAGAUUUUACGCCGUUAGUUAACAGCUUAAAAUCUUAUAGUAUGUACACCGACGCAGAUAGUGGCGUGAACCCGUGGGAAACGUUUGAUCGUGUAAUCUGAACGUCCGGGUGAGGGUAGUCCAAUAAGAGAAGGACUGUGUUAAAAACAUGAAAAAGCUGUACUACGCUUCCUUAUUAAGUCACGGUUUAUUCACUUGAUUUAACGCCGGAUUUUACUGCAACACUUUGGUUAACUCCAACUCACAACUCUCGGCUUAUUUGAAAGAAACACGCACUAAACGUCCCGUUGUAAGCACGUUGAACAGUGCUAUAUAAGGGACGAUACAACGCGUGCCGCAUACAUGUUUGUUUGGUUAUGUAGAGAUAAAUGAAAUCACUAGUGAAUGUCAAUCAAAUUAAGAAUAAUUAACGUAUUGUACAGUAUCCAACAACUGUUGUCGGCAGCACCAAGGGCCUGUUUACAUGGAUGUGGGGAACCCCAGCUGGUAGGUGAGGUAACCGGCCUAGCCAUGGUCGAAAAAUAGCCCGCGUUUACAUACGAUCUUACAACCCCUGGAUGCCGGAGUGAGGUUUCUCGAGGUUGUUAUUACACUUGCAACUAAGAAGUUUAAAAUUCGGGUCACCCACCUAUCAUGUAAACGUGAUCAAGAUAAAAUAAGAGGUUCUACGUGGGGUCCCCUACCUCCAUGUAAACAGGCCCUAAAUGCCGCUUCUACAACCUUAGCGAUCAUCAGAGUCGAGUGAUGACUUCCGCUGAGAUCAGUGUCAACCACCGUCAACAGUCCCCCACAGGACUACAUUCACCCGCGCGAUCAGAAUAUGCAAUCACAAAAUUAAAACAUCACAAAGUAGAAGUUAUAGUUAAUAUGCAUCUAUCGCUUUUUUCGUUGAAAAUAAGUUAUUUAAAUGGUCCUCUUUCACUGAAGCUUGUUUUUGGGAAAAUAUGAUUUAUGGAAAUUUGCUGCGCGUUGUGUUUGCUUUUCCGGUUCUCCAAAAUUUUAACUUUUUGGAUAGGCACGCGUUACACGCAGGUUGGGUUAAGGAUUCGUAAAAUGGAAACGCAUUUGGUGAGAGGAGUUGCUAAUACUCUAACGAAUAUAGUCAUUCUUAUUAAUGGAUACCCUACCUACGGUCAUCGAAAAAAAAAUCCUGUUUGCUUAAAAAACUUUAUAGAAAUUCUCUGUUUAAAACAAGAGUUCUACUAGAACAAGAAAGAUGGUAAGUUUUGAGUUCGGUAGAGAAAUAGCGAAAGAUGGGUUUUCGUCUUGUCACUAGCAUGGGACAGAGGUCUAUUCUGUUGAGUUUCAGCUUAUUCUAUUAAUUUGAAGCCUUUAUUUAAAUAUUGUCAUUUAUUCCGGCAGGAAACGGCGAGGGAGAUGUUAUGUACGCCGAGGAAAUUCUUUAGCCGCAUCUGAAGGCGUUUCCGCCGAAGGUAUUUUAAUCAAAGAACUGCACUUAUCAUGCACUAUUGCCGUAAUUCCUGGGCAAUUGUUUGGAAACUCACAAUCUGAUUGGCUGUAAAGGAAUGUCGUACCAGUGUAACCAGGCCCUCCUAGUCCUCACGUCGUUCUUGAUGCCUUUGAACUAAAAAAAGAUGUACAUGUAUCACCAACAAAUCGCACAAAUGAUGGACAAGGUCCUGCAGUCAGUUUUGACGAGACAAAACCGUCAAUAUCACAGGAAUAAUGCAGCAAAGAGAGCAGUUUCCAAUGACACGAGCUAUAAAUUGUACUUACAGUUCAUUCGUGUUUUUUGAAACAUUUAAAAUGCGACUUCCCAGCCUUCCACUUGAAUAAGAUGCAAAUUUCUCCUCACAGUAUCACCCCUGGAUCAAACAUUAAGGUCAUAAUAAUAAGGGAAAAGACUAGAAGUAAUUCUUGAUUGUUAAAUAAAUUCUCCUUUUCAGCACCUCAGGAAUGUAAAGAGAACGGUUUGGAGAAGAUGCAUACUGAUACAAGGGUGUAAAGGAUAAAAUGUGCUCACCAUUCCAGUUCCACAAAUUUUCUGUGUUAGCUGCGUCCUUUUUUUCUACAAGGACUUGGCAAAAUUGACCGUUGGUUAUUAGUAUAUAUAGUCUCUGGGAUAACUGUGUGUCUCAAAUUUUUCUUUGAAACCCUUUUAUUAUUUUAGGGAGCGAUAUUCUUGUACUACGCUGGUCGUUUAAAACAAGUUCAAGGAAAGUUGGAUGAGGUCAGUGAUGAUGCAAACGAAUCAGAUCGACUCAUUAAUACAGGGGUGCAUCAUUCUAAAUAAGAAACAUUAUGUUUAACUGUUGUGAUGUGAUACACUAUCACAGCUACCCAAGCUCCUGGAGAAUAGGGGCUUGUGAAAAUGAUUCAGUUGUCUCUCUGCCCAUCCCCCUUUAACCACACACAGGUGAUAUGUAAGGUCAUGAAUAGCGUUGCACGAUGUGGCCUGAAAGUACGUUACGUAACGUGACAUGACAUCGCGACAUCACGUGCUGUGCAGCGUGACUCGACAUGUCACGAAUAGCGUUACGUGAUGCGACAUGAUAGUACAUAACGUGACGUGAUAUGACAAGGGCGACAUGACGUUAUAUGAUUUUACUGUAAGCUGUUUGUCUUUUUUUUAAUUUUGGUUACAGGCCACCAAAAGCUACAACGACUCAAUUGCAGUUCAGUCUGAAUGGAAACAGUUCCAUCAUAUCUGUUACUGGGAGUUGAUGUGGUGUUAUUCGUAAGUUUAUCGUCACACAAGACUGUUCAGGUGACGUUUAAUUUGUGUCCCCUUGGUCACAGUCACAAAACGUUCUCCAAUGGAAAGUAUAGAUGAAGUCAUCUCCCUUGUCAUAACUGCUGUCGCAUGGUAAAGUUUUGUUUUUGUUGUAGGAAAUUAUAACUAAAAUCCUCUUUUUCUGUCUCAUCAGGAAUGAGGGGGACUGGGCCACAGCGUACCACUAUGCAAGUGUUCUUUUGAAGGAAAGCCGCUGAUCACGGGUAAGGACGGAAGGAAAUUAAGAGAGAACGUGUGUGAAAUUUAGCUAAAACACCAUUGUUAAAGAGAAAGUGAAUGGAGGCCUCAGUAACUUACACAUUUUUCUCAGUGGCAUUAAGGUACGUAGUUGUUAAGUCUCAUUUUCCACGACGUUCAGAAGAUUUGCUGAACAGAAGCACGGUUAAUGAAUAAAGGGAGAAAGUUUCUAAAGAAACGGUUUGAGUUAACACAGGAUCAUUUGGAUUUAUGAACCAAGCUGAUAAUGGAAAUUGGCCAUCGUAAAGAGUUUCUAAAGCUGAUUUUUCGAGUUUUAGUCCUUUUUCAGAGUAAAUGACUCUAAGGUAGCACGGUUACUCAGUCUUACGCUUUCAUAUGGUGCUGGAACAGAAUUGCAGCUGCAUUGCAUGACCUUAACUAAAGCCUGAACAAACCCUCUCCUUGGCAGACAUCCUACAUGUAUUUUAAAACUUGCUUCAGAGUUAUGGCGAGAAUCACAAACCUGGAGCUCGCGAGAGAAGACGAUCAAGGUGAAAAGGACACUGAGGAGUAUCUUUUCAGGUAAGUAUGAAGGAAAAGAGAGCGGAGAAGGAGCGGCAAACUUUUUGUAGAUUAUUUUUACUACUAUUUCUGUUAUUGCCUCUGUGACUCCAACCCCAGUUACUUGUUAUUUACACUUUAUGUAAAUUUAUCGCCCUGGACGAAGGCUCUUGCAUUGCGCCCGCAAUGCUUUACCGAAAAAACAGGCGAAUCCAAGAGCGCCCGGAAAGACAGGGUAUUGAAAGAUCCAAAGGGGAAGUUUCCACGCGAAGUCUAACCUCUCAGAGCCAACCUGUACCCGUGAAAUCCCCGCCCUUUUAUUUAACAUGAAGCCUGAACAAGGCGCCCCUUUAGUUUGGGAUACUUGCCUCCCUAUAAUGGACAAAACGGGAGUAAAUUACCCCUUCUCUCUGAGGCGAACGUUGAAGUGUUAAAGGAAAACUUGGAAGGGUAUCAAGCGUGGAAAAAAAAAACGCGUAAUACAAUUGUAAUUAAAAACGUAAGUUUGUGCUAUUGCCGCUUAGAUUGUGUAAGAGAGACUUACUAACAGCUGCAGUUGACGGGAAAUUUCAAAAAGUCCUUUCUAAAACCAGAGAAUAAUAUCGUAUCCAGUUGUUUCCAUAGGGCACGAGCAACUGGGAAUAUGGGGGAACAGGGAGUGAUAGGAAUGAGAGAUAGAAGAAAUGUUCCUCUUGUGCUCGCUCCUAAACCAUCAUACGUUGCGCUCCCGCGCCGCUCACAUAUGGUUUGAAAACGAUUGGAUACCAGUUGGUUUUCUUUGUAUCAGGCGACUUCCGGAAUACAAGCAGCGCAUCGCUGGAAAGUCCGUUCCAUUUGAGAAAUUUUCCAUUCACAAAGCUAACCUAAGUACCUGGAACAAGGCAACAAUCUAUUUCUUCCUGGAAUG